UCAGCAACGAUGGAUCUUGUAGGUAUUGGAUGCGCAUAUGUACCGUAAUCAUAUUCGGCCUAUCUUUACACCUUGUUCCUCUCUUUCUUUCCUUGCCUUUCUUCUUCUUCUUCUUCUUCUCCCUCUCUUGUCGUCUUCUCUUCUGUUUCUGUUUCUUCAUGAAACAAGGAUCCUUUCAUACAAGCGGGUCGCUUGAAACGAAUCCAUAAGUCAUCAUCAUCAUACACAGACCAAGAGGCAAAUACCGGUGACAAUCACUGCCCUCUCUCCCUUAACCUGGCAUUCAUUCACCUUUCACAUAUCGAGCACUACUCCAAGAUAGCUUCAAAAUGUACGAAUUAUACGCUCGUCGGCCGGCGAGUUUCGACGACUGUACCGACAUCACCGUCCUCUGUCCCGUCAGCGCAACUGUCCUUGGUUAUGUUCCCAACAAAGGAUCCAGUUACUUCUUUACGAUCGGUUUUGCGAUUCUGUUCCUAUCCUCUGUAGGAUUAGGUGUUUGGAAGAAGACAUGGACAUAUGCUGCGACUCUGGGAGCUGGUUUACUGCUAGAGACGAUUGGAUAUAUCGGCCGUAUUCAGAUGGACCCUAACCCUUGGAACUCAUCAGCCUUCCAGACCCAAAUCUGCUGCAUCAUCAUCGCCCCGACCUUCAUCUGCGCUGCCAUCUACCUCACCCUCAAGCACGUCGCCCUCGCUCUCAACCCAGAUCUCUCACGAAUUCACCCUCGAUGGUAUCCUCGCAUCUUCCUCCCCGCCGAUCUCUCAUGUCUCAUCAUCCAAGCCAUCGGUGGUGGUGUCGCAGCAGCAGCAAAGCGUAACCAGCCUGGCCUCGCAAGGAACGGUAACAGGACCAUCAUCGCCGGUGUCGUCCUCCAGGUCAUCGUUCUUCUCGCCUUUGGAGCCAUGGGCACCGAUUACUACCUGCGCGUGAAGAAGUACCUUCAUAGUUCAGAGGCUGCCCCUGAGUCGCUCCGUGUCUGGCAGGACAAGAAGUUCCGCAUGUUUGGCUUUGCUGUUUCGGGCGCCUAUUUUGCCAUUCUCACACGUUGCAUUUACCGAAUUGCCGAAAUGGCCGGUGGUUGGGGUAACCACAUUAUGCAGGAUGAGCCUAGCUUCCUCGUCCUCGAUAGCUCCCUUGUUCUCGUCACUGGCUUCCUAUUGACGGCCUUCCAUCCUGGGAUUUUCUUCCCUCAGAUGGCUGUCACUAUGCAACGCACCAAGAAGACCGAGGCCGAGACACCCGCCGAAUCUUCCAGCGAGGAACGAAAAGUUGAAAACUCUCAGACUGCUUAGAGGAAUAUGGAAUAGACUAUGUUAUGAUAUAGGGAAGGGUAUCUGUUGUUUGAUCUUGUUUCAACUAGGGCGCGAGGUAUUGGGACGAUAUUAGAUCAAAUCUUUCAGACUCGGAUGAGUCCAAGUUGAGCGUGUCUUGAUAAUGCUUUCUAUCGAUAUUAGGAUUUGACCAGUCUAUCGGCUUCUCCACCG